AUGGUCACCGCACACAAUUAUUGUCCUGGCGUGUUUCUGCAGGAAAGUCAUUUUCCUGAGACAGGUGGAUUCAUUGACGGUCGAUUCUGUGAAACAAUCGCCAACAUCGGCCCUAACGGCACUGCCGUAUCCUGUUGCUUACCAUGCCCUCUCUCCGACUGGCGGUAUGCCGAUAAUACGGCAAAACGAGUUGAUGUUGCCAGUUGGAUCAGUGUCGCCAUUCUUCCUCUUUGCAUUUUUCUCCUCAUCUCCUACGCUGUUCUUCCCGUGAAAUGGACAAAUCGACACUACCUGAGUAUUUGUUUCACAAUCGGCAUCUGUAUCAUGGAGAUUGCCUUCAUUAUUCCUCUUGGGGCUAAACCGGAGCAGUGCCAUAACGAUAUUACGCCUAAUGAUAUGUACACCGACCUUUCUUGCGCCUUUUCGGGUUCCUUCCUCCUCUUUGGCGGCUGGAUGGUCGUGAUCUGGAGUUUUAUCCGAACACUCGCAUUCCACCUGCAGGUGUGUUGGGAAGUCGUCUUGGGGCUGAAGUUCAUGUGGGGAGCCUUCAUCUGCGGAUUUGGAAUUCCUGCCAUUGGCAUCACGGUUAUGCUGAUCCUGACUGGAGUAUCCUUCCGGUUUGGUGAGAUCUGCCAUAUUAACAUCAAGCACGGGGCACAAGACUACUGGUAUCCAAUCAUGGCUUUUGCAGCUGCAGCCCUGGUCUUGCAGUUGGCCACUAUGGGCUACUGUAUGCACGUCUACCUCCGCUCGCUUUUCGACAAAUCCGCCUCCACCACCGAGAACAGCUCCGGUUUGCCCUCGUAUACGUCUAGUGUGCGCACGGUGACAGCACGGCAAGCCUAUCGCCGGGUGCGCCGUGUACUGCAACUGCAGUGGCGUGGGGUUGCAUUGGUGCUGAUCAUCAUUGGAAACGUUAUCUUUUUCGCCGUUGUUUUCAUUAACCUCGACAAUCAGACUGAUCCCAAUAAUGAGACCAACCUGAAAAAUGCCGCUGAGUGGCUCGCCUGCCUUGCCAUUGGCGGAGACAAGGCCUCGUGCGAAAAAUACGCGUCCUCCCUAGGGCCCAACGAGGCCACUCUGCUCGCCAUGGUCUAUCUUCUCUCGCUCGUCGGGUUCUGGAACUUCAUCCUGUUUGCCCGUCCUUCCAUGUUCGCAGGCUGGCUGGACCUGUACAAGCGCGGAUUCGCCCGACGCAACGAAUUUGUCUCAGCGGAUGCCCGCAACCGCUACGUCGACUCUAAGGGCUUCGAGAUGCUAACGACCUCCAUCAAGACCAAUGAGACCUACAUGCGGACCCCGUCUCCCGGGCAUAUGAUGCGGUCGCCGAGUCCCAGCCGCAUGAUGCGAUCGCCCACCCCGUCCCAGAUGAUGGACAGGCAGAGUCCCGUGGCCAGUCCCAGUCCUACAUUUGACCGAAGCGUACACUUUGGGCAGGAAGCCCGCUAUACGCGGCCAUCAAUGAGUUUCAGUGGGCCCCGACCGCCGAGCUCGUCGGCUGGAGGGCGUGACUGGGAUCCAUCGGCGACUUUUGCACGAGGCAAUGCACGAUAG